UCCGUAACCUCCUCUGACACCCCAUUGGUGGAAAGCUGUCGGAGACAGCGCAGAGACAGGUGUCACUGGAUCUUUACAUCAGCAAGCGGGAAACAACACGCGCUGGCACAGGACCAUGCCCAGGAUGGAAGACAGACCGCAAGAACUACAAGGCCAGAGCCAACAACUCAUCACUUCUUCAGUGAGCCAAGAAGUAACGGCACCAGUGAAGCCUCCGUACUCCUACGUAGCCCUCAUCGACAUGGCCAUCAAGGAAUCACCAAACCGACGCGCCUCCUUGAGCGACAUCUACAAGUACAUCAUGCGCCGAUUUCCAUACUACAAGAAGGAGAAUAAAGGGUGGCAGAAUUCGAUUCGGCACAACCUAAGCUUGAACGAGUGUUUCGUGAAGAUCCCCCGCGAUGACGUCACCGAAGGGAAGGGACACUUCUGGACACUGCAUCCGAGUUACGAAGACAUGUUCUCCGGCGGGAACUACCGGCGCAGACGGCGAAUGAAGAGGACGUACAGAAGGCCCGUCCAACAGUGCGACAGGUUGGGGAACUUAUUGAUGCCCGAAGCGAUUUAUGGGUGCGAUCCAGUUGGGGAUCCCGCAGCAGCGACAUCUACGUGGGGCUUUGCUCCGCAUGGAUAUCCGGGCAUUGGCUACCAACAAAUGUUCCUUCCCUCUUCACCCAUGGGAAACGCAGACACAGCGACAUCAAUGCCCACAAGCUUCGUGGGGCAGCACUACCCAAUGACGGCUGGUUCCACUUCAUUAGGAACCUCGAAUGUGGCGCCACAGUACACCAAGUCAUCCACGCUGCAGCCUCCGUUGUAUCGGCCGUAUUAGCAUUGUGCUGACAGAUAUACUUCUUGUAGUAUAGACAACCAUUAAAAUGAUGGACUCAAUGGUGAGAUCGUUAAAUAAAAGUGCCAUGCCAUUA